UCAGACAGAUUUACUGGGAGAUGAAGAAAGAUUUUCUGAACUUAAAAAAAACAAACCUGAGGGGUGUAUCAAAACAGUUAACUUACAGAGUGAGGAAAUUAACCGUUGCAGAAAUAUAUGGUCAUUUCCUGAGCCCGAUGAUCUGAGGAGUAACCAACAUAAGACGUUUUCUAACAGCCAAUCUAUCAUUUAUGGGCUUUUCAUGCUACGCCAUACACACUGGAGCAGCUCAUACGUGUACGGAAAGUAAAAUCUGUUACAGUGUGGAAGCACCAGCACUGAUCAGAUGAAAAUUCCCUAGGGAACUGCCUGAGCUAAUGGCAUCACCUAACACCUCUAGCAGGACAAACUAGCAACUCCCUGCUCCGCAGUGGGCAUUAGUGAUCUCAUCAGCUUCUGCACUAGAAGCCUGGAACCCUGAACUCAGGUUUGAUUUUAACUGAACUCUUAUGAUACAAUCCAGAAGGCUUUUAAGAAUCAACAACUUCCUUUUCCAUAAUGCCUGAAAAUAAAUCCCAACUAGAUGAUGAAACAAUGACCAUGCUUCAGAACAGAGCUAUUACAAUCACCCUCCCAGUUGUGUACUCCUUGGUGGCCCUCAUCAGCAUCCCUGGGAAUGUGUUCUCCCUUUGGGUGCUCUGCUGCCACAUCAAACCCAAGACACCCUCAGUUAUCUUCAUGAUUAACCUUAGCAUCACAGACCUCACCCUGGCUUGCUGCUUUCCCUUCCAGAUUAUCUAUCACAUCAAGAACAACAACUGGAUCUUUGGUAAGAGUCUUUGCAGCUUAGUCACAGUGAUGUUCUACUCAAACAUGUAUUCUUCCAUACUCACCAUGACCUGCAUCAGCAUAGAGCGGUUCUUGGGAGUGGUGUAUCCCAUGAAGUUAAUCAAGUGGAGAAGAAAGAGAUAUGCACUUGCUGCCUGCUUGGGCAUGUGGGCCUUUUUGCUAUUGGCCCUAUACCCACUGGCGAGCACAGAUCUGACCUAUGAAGUAGAACCACUAGGGAUCAUAACUUGUUUCGAUGUGCUCAAAUGGGACAUGCUGCCCAAUUUUAUAGCAUGGGUAACCUUUCUUCUGACACUGUUUGUUCUUCUCUUCCUGAUCCCAUUCAUAGUGACAGUAGCCUGCUAUAUUGGCACUAUUCGGAAGCUCAUUCAGACCUCUGGCAAAUACGGUAGCAAGCAGAAGACUAGGUCUAUAUUCCUGGCUGGAAUUGUCCUCUUGGUAUUCAUCACUUGCUUCGCCCCUAAUAACUUUAUUCUACUUGUGCACAUGAUCAGCCGUCUCUUUUUCCAAAAGAGCUUCUACCCUGCUUACAAGCUCACCCUAUGCCUCAGUUGCCUGAGCAUCUGUAUAGAUCCAUUCAUUUACUAUUUUGCAUCCAAAGAAUUUUAUCAGAAAUUCAUGCAAGUAAUAGGUCAUAAGGUACUGCUCACUGACAGUCUGGAGACCAGAAGGGAAAGCUUAUUCUCUGGCAGGACAAUGUCGGCCAGGUCAAUGUCAAGUGGGCCUAUGGAAGGGUUAGAUGGAGUUAAGGUAUGUUUGCAAAGGCAGGAAAGUGUUUUUUAACUACAGAUUUCAAAUCCGAUGUGGGAAGGAAGUAGAAAGUUCUCAGUGGAGAAAGAAAGGGAUUUUUUUAAACGAUAUUCUGAUAAACAUCAAUGCCCAUAGCAAUAAUAGUCCAACCACAUUGAACUGCAAGUAUCUCACACAUGUCAAAAAUCAAUAGCCACUUGCUGGGAAGAAAUAGAGAAGGAGUAAGAUGAACCAAAUUUAUCAAAGGAAGAAAGUGAUCCAGUCCAAGUCCAGUGAUCCAAGACAAAACUGACAAACAAGGAUACAGACAGCAUUAAUUCUACUGAACAUGUCUCAAUAUGAUUGGAAAGCAAGGACAAACCAAAAGUACUUUCAGAAUCUGAAAUCUCAGUGCUUAACCAAAUAGUUAUGGAUCUCACUUUUUAUACUAAAGGAAAAUAAUGUUAAAGUGGGUUUGGGGGCAGGGAGUUGCCUUUGUAAAUAAUAUGUUAAUUGCUUAUUGAGGUAUGAAUUUUUCUUGUGUUGUUGCAGAAAAAGAAUGAAUAUAUCUUGCCAUUUUAUCAUGAAUACAUUAUGUGUAGCCACUAUGAACUCAUCACAACACUUAUGUAUCACUCGCCUGAUUUAAACACAGCCUAACCUAACCACAUUAACCUUCAAAGAGGUUAGCUUGGUUAAUAGUUAUUUAUUUCAAUUUCGUCUAUCGAAAUCUCGUAAAAUGAAGUAAAAAAGAAAGACCAAUGUCAGUACCCUAAACCACAUCAAUGCCCCAGCUGCUGAGUGGGUUACAUCACUGUUAGAGCUAGACACUUCUAAGGAGGGAGGUGAAGUGCAGAUGGCUUACAUGGCAAUUUUCUCACAAUGACCCACUACACUAAUAUUGUUGAGCUGGCAUUCACUUAACUUAGUUUGUUUGUUUUACAAUGGGCCAAACUCUGUGGUCCUGUACUGAAUACAGUUCCCAUUGCAGUCAGUUUGAGUAUUGCUUUAUGUAGUUGGACAGUGUUUUUGCUUUCCUCUAGGAGCUAGUUCAGAUAAUGGUCCAGAUUCUCAUCUGGUGUAAAGGGGAGUAAUCCCAUUUAUCUCAAUUGCAUUACGCCAAUAUAAACAAGCUGAAGAUUUGUCUCCUGAAUAUUGGCAUUACCUCAUUUGCUUUUGAUACUUUACAUGUCUGGACUACAGGUUUUACAGACAGACAGAAAGGCACUGGGCAGUUAAAAUUUACCAACCUUCCUGCAGCUAGCUCAUAUAUUAGUGCAGUGGCAUGUUCAGACCCUCAGUAUCCUGUCCCAAGGUAUUGCAUCACACCGUGCUUCUCCUCAUCUCAGAAAUUGAAUGGUUGCUUAGAAAUACAAUAAAACAGCAUCUAUGUUUUUCUUUUUAAUCUCAAAAGACUUUUUUCCUAUUUUUUUACUUGAAAUUGUGCAUAAUGUCAACAGUUAUUAAAAUGAGGAGCUAAUGACACUUGUAGAGCCAAGCAAGCUUCCCCUCACCACUGGGCCAAAACUCCUCAACAAUACUUCUAAUAUCCUAGAGCUUGAUCUAACUCUCAGUGAGCUCAGCAGGAAACUUACCAUUGACACAGAUAUGAGCAUCGGAUCAGGCCUCAAGUAAUUGGCUAGCCUGGAGCAGUGAUCACCAGCUAUGUGAACUGUGUGAUAGUUCCAUAAUGUGAACAAAAAUAUUUAAAAGGUACUAGAUUAGACCACUAAAAAUUUAUCUGCCUUUUCAUCUAAGGUAUGAUUCAAACUCAGCAAUCCAAAUGUUAAUAGUUCCAUACCUUAGCCUUGUUCACCAUCUACCUUCUAGCCUGUGCUUUGUUAUAGUAACUGGAUAACCAAAAAACUUGUUUUAGAAUUUAUAAAGGAUUUUUCCUACCUAUUAUCCUCCCUGUCAAAUAGUCAAGUACUGAUGGAGAUUACAACCAAGAUGAAAAGCAAUGCAUAUUAGUGAUUUACAGUAUAACCUCAGAGUUAGGAAAACCUCAGGAAUGGAAGUUUUUUGUAACUCUGAAAUGUUUGUAACUGUAAACAAAACAUUAUGGUAGUUCUUUAGAAAGUUUACAACUAAACAUUGACUUAAUACAGCUUUGAAACUUUACUAUGCAGAAGAAAUAUGCUGCUUUUAACCGUCUUAAUUUAAAUGAAACAAACACAGAAACAGUUUCCUUACCUUGUCAAAUCUUUUUUUUUAAAAAACUUUCCCUUUAUUUGUUAGUAGUUUAUGUUUAGCACGGUACUGUACUCUGAUUUUUUGUUUUUGUUUGUUAUUGUUUUUUGUGUCUUUGCUGGUGCCUGAUUGAGUACUUCCGGUUCCAAAGAAGGUGUGUGGUUGACUGAUCAGUUCAUAACUCUGGUGUUCGUAACUCUGAAGUUCUACUAUAGUUCUAAAGUUACCUGAAGUGUUUUAUGUCACUUCUCAGUAAUAUUUUUAAGCAGUCCAUGAAAACUAUGCUUAUCUUUAAAAAAUACACUGCACAAUAACUUUCUUUAAGCACAUGGGAAGUUAUCUGGUAUGGCACCCACAGAAAGAAAGAAAGAAAAAGUACUAAUUUAUACUAAUAAGUACACAAUGAAAGCACAAUAUUUUUUAAAAAUUAAAACUCAAAAAUGGGAGGAUGCACAUUAUGUGAAUUUGAGGCAUUUGGAUAUGUACUCUAUUUACUUACAGUGUCUGAGGAGAUACUCAGAGCAGAUUCUCUUGAACCCAUCCCACAUUCAUCAUCUAGAAAUUCUGUGAGUUUAUUUAUGUCUUGCAAAUGUGCUUAUAGGUUUAGUAGCACAUGGUUUCACUUUGCUAUUUGAGCUAUUCAGCCAUCAGUUUUCAAGAAUUCUUGCUACCAAAUCGGUGUUCUACACUUAUGAUAGCAGCAAUUUUGCUCUGGAUUACAUAUUUAAAUAUCCAGGGUUUUUUUAAAUGCAAAUAUUGUCCAAUUAAAAAUUGGUAAUUUCCCCCAGCUCUAGUGCAGAUUUUUUGAUCUGCUUUAGUUAGGGCCCAAUCCUGUCAGAGACUGAAUGCUCUCAACUGUCACUCACUUCAAAAGGAGUUUGAUGGUGCAGAAACUUUGCAGGAUCAGACCCUCAGAUUUAUGGUUUCAGAAAUGCUGAAAUGGUCUUUCUGCAAUAAAAACGGUCAGUCCCAAGUGACUGAAAAUGCGCUGUCCCUCAUCCCUACACAGCCCUUCAGACCAUUCCAUCUUUCUUCUGGUUCUACCUGACAAUAAUGUCUCAGUCAGGUGCCAGGACAGUUGAUUGUUCACCACAUUAUCUAUUAAAUAACCACUAUGGGCUAGAUCUUGGAGUGCCUACUCAGGCGAAACUCCCAUCAAAGUCAGUGGGGCUGUUGUCUGACUGAAGAAUGUAGCAUUUGGCUCUAUGUACAUAGUCUUUAGGACUUGUUAGUGCAUGCUGUGAAGGUAAUUUGAUAUGAAACGUAUUUCUGUUUUCAUAAAGAGCAGUCUGGGGAGAUGUUCUUUGAACCAUUGAAAAUAUUCUCUUGCCACAAAGUUUUACCUUGUCACCCUUCAUGUUCAACAUGCAUACAGGGCCAUUUAGAAGGUUUGUGAGGAGCCAUGGGAUACAUCUACGUUUUGAGCUGUAAGAGGUGUAAUUUCCAGCUCAGGUAAACAUACACGUGCUAGCUUUGAUUGAGCUAGCACACUAAAAACAGAAACACAGCUGUGGUGGCAAGGACAGCAGGAUAAGCUAGGUAUGCCAAGUACCAUAACACCUGAGACCCUAGGUAUGUGCUUGGGGUGACUAGCCCCUCCCACCUUAGCUACACGGAUAUUUUCAGCUUGCUAGCUCAAUCACAGCUAGUGUGCAUACAUCCACAUAAGCUCAACAUGACACCUGUAGCUUGAAGUGCUGAUACAGUUAUUUCACUCUGGGGAAAUGUAGACUUCUAACGAAGUUGGACCUUUUGUUUAUUAAUUGUUUGGAUAGUUGAUUACAAUUUGGGAUGAUUUUAUAGGCUUCUGAUUUUUUUUGUAUUUGCUGUAUGAUAUUGCUGUGAAGAUGCCUAGUGUAAUUAAUAAAAUAAAUAUAAA